UCUCUCAAGGGAAGUGCAGGAAGUAUAGCAGCUCAGACACAUUCAGGCUCAGCCAUCAGACUGCACUUCCCUCAUCCUCACUCUCUCCUCAUCCCUCCAUUCAUCCUUCUCCCAACCAAUUCCAGUAAUCUGUGUCUCUUUCCCCCUUGUCACUCCCCCUCAGCACUUGUCUAUCUAUCCUAUUUCCAUCACUUUGAUUGACUUUGACAAAGUUUAAAGCAUGGGAUGUGGGAAUUCCACCUCAGACAGCACAGCUGCGGGUUCAUCUGAGUCAGCCAAAGAUGUGCAGGACGAUUCAUCUAUGGACGAUGAAAAGAGGAGGAACUAUGGUGGAGUGUAUGUGGGCUUACCUGCAGACCUCAGCAAUGUGGCCACCGGACAAACACCUUCCACACACAAAGAAUAAUGCUAUUCAGAGCUGAAGGCACAGAUAAAGGGCUUCCCAGAGGGAAUUUUGGCUGAAAAGUGCUGCGUAAUAAUCUCAAAAGGACGCAAUCUUCAUCAUCGUUGAUUGGCUCGUUGGGACAUCCCUGAAUCCUCUGAGAGCCAAUCAUCUAAUUGAACUCCCUGAAAACUGAACUGGAAUGACAAGAAUUACUUACAAGGUCAGACGUCAAAGACAAAUGUUAGCAUCCCUCAGCGCAUUUAACUGCUACCAGCACCUUGUUUCUCAGGACAGUGACACACAGGUGUUGAUGAUGACAAUCACAGAGCAAAGAAGACGUGUCUCUGAGCUCAAACCUUUUCCCUCGCUGUGUUGCUCUCGGUCACAUGUUCAUUAAGAGCACUUUUUAUGCACUUAUGAGUCUGUGUUUUUGUUCUUUCACUCUUUCAUCAUGAUUUGCAUCCUUUCAGACACUCUUCUCUAGUCUUAACGAUAAGCAUGUAAAAUCCAUUUGGUGAGUGUCAUGUUUGCAAGAGGACUAAAGUAGUACAGUAAAUGAAGUGCCUUUGAAAGAGCUUGACGCUGGUAUAUCAUGUGAAAUCAAGGGUUAUGUGUUUGUGAUUGGGUUUAAGGUCCCUCCAUCUCGGUAAUCCAAUUAGAGUGACCCAGUGAGAGCCUCUGAAGAACAAGUUUUAAAACAAGUGUGUCUGUGCUAGCAGCGCCUGUCCUGAGAGAACUCCGAGGACUGCACAAGUAGGCUAGCGCUCAGCAUCAGGUCAGCUGGAACUCACACACUCCUGUGACACAGGGGAAAGAGACGAGGAGAGAAAGACAGAGAGGGAUAUAAAGAAAGGGACUGCUUGAGUCGGACUGUGUCAUUAUGGACUAUAUAAUUACCAUAAAACAUCAUAAAAGUAAUAUAGUUGUUAGUAUUAUUAGUUUAGAUUUUAAAUUUAAAUUUGGGGUCAAUAAGAUUCAGCAAAACAGUAAUAUUAAAAAUACACUCACCUGAAGGAUUAUUAGGAACACCAUAC